UAUAAAGCCGCCCCGCAGCGGUCUGCGGCUCCUUCCCGCCCGGUCCUAACUCUGAGAGCGGUGAUCACCAGCAGUCAUGAGCCACCAUCCGUCGGGCCUCCGGGCCAGCAUCAGCUCCACCUCAUACCGCCGCACCUUCGGGCCACCACCCUCACUGUCCCCCGGGGCCUUCUCCUACUCGUCCAGCUCUCGCUUCUCAAGCAGCCGCUUGCUGGGCUCGGCGUCCCCGAGUUCCUCCGUGCGUCUGGGCAGCUUCCGUGCCCCUCGGGCGGGGGCCCUGCGCCUGCCCUCAGAGCGCCUCGACUUCUCCAUGGCCGAGGCCCUCAACCAGGAGUUCCUGGCCACUCGCAGCAACGAGAAACAAGAGCUACAGGAGCUCAAUGACCGCUUCGCGAACUUCAUUGAGAAGGUGCGUUUUCUGGAGCAGCAGAACGCGGCCCUGCGAGGCGAGCUGAGCCAGGCCCGGGGCCAGGAGCCGGCGCGCGCGGACCAGUUGUGCCAGCAGGAGCUGCGGGAGCUGCGGCGCGAGCUAGAGCUGCUGGGCCGUGAGCGCGACCGGGUGCAGGUGGAACGAGACGGGCUUGCAGAGGACCUGGCCAGCACUCAAGCAGAGGAGACGCGAAAAGAGAGGAAGCGGAAGCACAACCUCGUUUUACCCCACAAGGAUGUGGACGAUGCCACCCUGUCCCGCCUGGAACUGGAGCGCAAGAUUGAGUCCCUGAUGGAUGAAAUUGAGUUCCUCAAGAAGCUGCACGAGGAGGAACUGCGAGACCUGCAGGUGAGCAUGGAGAGUCAGCAGGUGCAGCAGGUGGAGGUGGAGGCCACGGUGAAGCCAGAGCUGACUGCCGCGCUGAGGGACAUCCGCGCACAGUAUGAGAACAUCGCAGCGAAGAAUCUGCAGGAGGCUGAGGAGUGGACAAAUCCAAGGUGGGAGAGCCCCAGGAAUACUGUCGGACGCUGCCAACCGAACCACGAGGCCCCGCAGGCAAGCAGGAGGAUGAACGAGUCUCGACGCCAGAUCCAGAGUCUGACAUGCGAAGUGGACGGGCUGCGUGGAACGAAUGAGGUGCUCAGACAGCUGCGGGAGCUGGAGGAGCAGUUUGCCCUGGAGGCAGGUGGAUAUCAGGCCGGGGCCGCGAGGCUCGCGGAGGAGCUGAGACAGUUAAAGGAGAUGGCCGGCAUCUGCUGUGAGUACCAGGAGCUUCUGAACGUCAAGAUGGCCCUGGACAUCGAGAUAGCAACCUACCGAAAGUUGCUGGCGGGAGAAGGGAACAGGAUCUCCGUGCCCAUCCAUUCCUUUGCCUCCUUAAGUUUAAAGACGACUGUGAUUCCUCUACUCUGACUUCCAGCCUGUGAAGCCUGCCAGGACAUCCACAGUCGGAAGAUGGUUUCUGAUCCGGACAUUGAGACCCGGGAUGGGGAGCAGGUGGUGAGGUCCAGAAGAGAGCAGCACAGUGAGCUUGACAAAUCUUCCACUCACAGUUACUGAGCCCCUUAGCUGAGAGAUCCCUGCUCCUGCUUUAGGCCUACUCUAAGCCUGGACCCUAAAACUAGCCCUGAAUGAGUUUCCCCUCCUCGCUGUGUUUAGGAGGGGUGGCACCAUCAUCUCCCCCUCCCCGGUCCUUAUCCACAUCCUACUGAGCCUACCUAGCUGAGCCUCUUCCUGACCCUGAUCUAUAUACUUCACUUAUUUGUGUCCUGGUAAGAGGCUGACGAAUCCAGGACAAGUCUGCUCCAGUUAUGA